UGCUACCGUGCACAGUCGCCUUUUACGAGUCACCGUCCUCCGUGAGCGGACUUUAUGGAUCUAUAAGCGCACUUUGGACGGCGGAUAGCGGAGAGCAGCGCGAGGAUUUGGGGCGAAGCGAGAGGACUUCUUCAGGAGGCGGUGCACCCUGACUAUACGGGGAACUGGAUUAAGCUUCUUGAUGCAACUUUUUUGGAAAGAAACCAAGACCAUCUCACCGGGGAAUACCAACAAAUUCGGAUACGGUGACAUCGCGCGCCCUCCGGCAACUGCAGGUGUCGCGUUCUCUCUCGGUCCCUGCGGGGAGAUGUACCAAGGCUUCCCCGGUGACCCUGACAGUGGAUCCCUCGGAAGCUCGUCUCCAUCUAUAGAGUCCCAGUAUAUCUCCUCCGUGGACUCCUUCGGGAGCCCGCCCACCACCAGUGCUCCGCAGGAGUGUGUGUCAGCUGGCGCUGGCUUGAGCAUUGUGGGAAGUGGGCCGGUGACAAGCGUUGGAGGUGAGAUGCCCGGUUCGUUCGUGCCCACCGUCACCGCCAUAACCAGCAGUCAGGACCUGCAGUGGAUGGUCCAGCCCACCCUCAGCUCCUCCCAGGCCUCUGGGCAGAGUGUCUCCACAGGAACCACCACCAUGACCCAGCCGGUGUCACUCGUGGACCCGUAUGACAUGCCCGGCCCUAGCUAUUCCUCUGGGUCGGGGUUCACCCCUCCGAGCUCGGACACCCCCGGGCCAGCACCUGGCCCCAUCCGCCAGUCCAGAGCCCGUAGCCGCCGCACACGAGACGAGUCUGUGAGUGAGGAUGGAGAUGUUGGUGUGUUACUGACACCUGAGGAGGAAGAAAAGCGGCGCGUUCGCAGAGAGAGAAACAAGCUGGCCGCUGCCAAAUGCAGAAACCGCAGACGGGAGCUCACAGACAGACUGCAGUCGGAGACCGACAUACUGGAGGAGGAGAAGGCUGAGCUGGAGGCUGAGAUCUCCGAACUGCAGAAGGAGAAAGAACGUCUGGAGUUUGUCCUGGUGGCCCACCAGCCAAACUGUAAGAUCCAAUACCAGGACCAGCCUCAGCAGGGCUCGGUGCAGCUCCCCCCAGUGCAGGGCUCUGUGCAGCUCCCCCCAGUGCAUUCCCAGCUCCCUCCCCAGACCUUACAGCCUUCUGUCUCCAUUGUGGGCUUGACUGUGAAGGAGGACUCUUUCUAUCUGCCUCCUGCCUACACAGCCCAUCCGGCCUCCACACAGCCCCAGCCUCCGGUUCAGCAGCAGCAGCCUCAGCCGGGAAUAAUGCAGGAGGGAGCCUGCGGGGUCAGUGCCAACCAGCGGAACAGCAGUAGCGAGCAGUCAUCUGAUUCCCUGAACUCGCCUUCGCUGCUGGCGCUCUGAUAGACCAACAGACACAUGCACACAUGUUACCACGCGCACACACAGGAGGCUCACUUCAAGCUGAGCCUCAGACAUUUACAUGCACAAUGCCAAUCAGUCUGACUGACUGAGGAAAAGUAUAUUUGCACCUGAUUGGGUUAAAGUUUGCACCUUCUUUAAACGCAUUCCAAAUAAGAGCCAUAACAAGAGUUGCGCAUUGGACCUUAAACGUUGAGCUGAAACGAUUAAUCCGUUUUUUUGUUUCGUAUCGAGCAGAAUACAUGCCACAGGGCAUUAUUAGUGAAUUACACACCGAGUAACGAACGUCCAUGUUGCCAACCCUAAGUGCCCUGAAUUAAUGUAUUAAUUCACAAUGAAUUCUUUUAUUCCAAUACUCUCAUUGAGUAAAGUUCAACCUGCUCAUGUUACACCCCAACAAGUACCAACACCCCUACCUUGUUCCCUCUGCCGGUCGCCCCUCGGCUAGUGCUCUUGCUCUCAUUCUUUUCCAUCCUUUUCUUGCCUCUUUUUGAAUGUAUUUGUGCAAAUCUGCAAUAGGGACGGAGGACAAUUUGUUCAGGGUCUUUUCUUGAGGGAGGCUGACAGUUACUCUUUUCAUCUCUUCAUCUGCUGUGCGUCCGUCUGCUUCUUCAUUUGCUGCUUGGACUUGGCAAGUUGAGGACCUGAGUGCAGGCUCCUCUAAACCUUGUGCUUACUUCUCUACUUUGAAAAAAAAAAAAAGUUCCUCUGCCGUCUGCCUACCUGCCAUGCGAUCCAUCUCUACCCAUCUUUGUUUUUUCCUCUUCUGUCUCUAUGUUUCUCCCUCUCUUUGAAGUCUUCGACCCCCGAGAGCCCGAAGACCCCUGACAGCCCUUGGGACCUUGAGUGAAAAGCCGGCACAACUAACAUGACCUUUAGCACCCAGUCACUCAAGGAUUUGGAUGCAACAUACCCAUACGGAAGAUCCUAUUCUUGGAGCUCGUUGCUCAGAUUCUUUAAGUGAACGGCAGCCACAUUACUUUUCGCACACACAAGAAGCAUAACUGACGAACACACAAUGCAAGAUGGAUGCCACUGUCUUCUGCUGAGCCAUUUUUCACAUCCAGACAAAAAAAGAUUAGACACAUCUCUUGAGAGGCUGGAGAGAGAUUAAGCAAAAACUGAAGAAAGAAUUACAGACGAGUACAAACUCAAACAGAGUGUGGAUAGAGGAUGAAUCUCAUUCAAGCCAUCCAUCCAUCAAAAGUUGAAAAAGUGUAAAAUGUCAAACACAAAGCAAAAAAAAAAAGGAAAAACUUUUUUUUCCCUUGCCAAUUGUGUCACUCUAUGACCUCAGAACACUGCUUUCAAGAAUCUGAACCGAAGAUACAGACAUUUUGUUACGGCACACCAGCUCAGAAUUUUUGCUCAGAAUCUACCAGAUGUGAACCGAUGCCUUUAUUUAGAGGGGGGAUUGUAUUCCCUUUUAAUGACCGUAAUUCAGACAACCUCGAAACAUUGGGCUCAGUGGUGUCUGUGCCCAGCCUCGUUCUCUGAGCAGAGACGGGGUGGGGGUGCAUUUAUUGUGAGUGCGUCCACUCUGAGGCACCUGGCCCGUUUAUUUCUUUCUUUAUUGAGGUUGAUGUGGCGGGCAAGCACAAAGCAAGACCUGAAAACAAAAAGGGGAGAACAUGCGGGCUGGUGUUGUGGAGUGAGCGUCCUUUAUACGCCUGUGAAUUUGUAGAAUUUGUUUUUCCUGUGUGUUUGAGUGAGAUCUGUUAUAUAUUUUUACUGUUUCUGUUUUUGUUUGUGUUGCAUUGUUUUUUGCAUUGACCCCUGCUUUCUCUUGUACUGUUGCUGUUUCUUUUUUUGUCCUUAUUUCAUUUUGUUGUUUGAAUUGGAGUAUUUCCUCCUACUUGUUACUAUUUUUUAUUGCUUUGUAACUACUGUUUCGUUAUUUUAUUGUAUUUUCAUUUGGCAACUUUGGAGGCAUGUUGUGCACUACAAAAAAGUUUGUAUUGUAUGUAUAUAUACAUAUACAUCUACAUAGGUGACAUGUAUAUGUAUCAGUGUAUGUACCCUGAUUGUAAAGUAUGAAUGUCUGCAGAUCUAAAGGGGAUAUUUUUGUCUAUGAAGAACAAGAUAAAGUGUUUAAAUGAAUAUUUUUCUAAAGGAACAAAAAAGAGAUAGAUUAUAAAAUUAAUUCAAAAUACUGCCCCGUCCCUAAACAUGAAGCACGAUGUCACUGCCUCUGUCAAUGUGUAUUUAUGUUUUAUAUAAAGCACUAUCCAAGAUACAUUUAAUGUGUGUUUAUAACAAUGAUGUUAGAAGAUUGUGGUGACACCUUUGUUUUUGUUUUUUGUUUUUUUUUCUCAGAGAGGUCUGUCCCAGAGCUACUGACACCUUAAUGCCACUUAAUUCUUAUCAUAUAGCACAAAAAAACACAAAAAAAACAGCAGCAACAGAAAAAAAGUGAUGUUGAAUGUUCAUUGAAAUAUUAAAAAGUGUUGAGACAACAUUAUAAACCUGUUUAAUUCAAAGAGCAACGUUUCAUAUUCAUUAGCAUCCAUCCGUUAUGAGCAUAUCACUUAAUAUAUAUACAGAAAUGUGUGUUGGAUGGAAAUUAGCCUUUGAGCUUUGACAGACAGAAGGUUAAAGUCGAUUUUUCUUAUUCUCAAGACUAUAUGAUGUCUGAGAAUUCCGGAAAAAAACAAGAACUUGUGAUUGUAUUUGCUGAAUAAGAAGCUUUAUUUUAAUGAAUAAACGUGUUCAUUCAAAACAAUGGCUAGAUUAAUGGCAUGAAUGUUUGUCCCUAUGUGGCUCUGGUGGUCAGAGAUCUGGCAGACCUCAUCUUUUUUCCAACGUUGAGUUAGGAUUGUGUUUGUACAGAUGUUGCAAAUGCCUUUUGACUUCCUUCAAAUGCAAAUGUGAUGAAAAUAUGUUCUGGUGUCAGAAUAAGCAUAAAAUAUAUUCAAUAGUUCUCAUGUAUAUAGGUUUAUGUGGUGCUACUUAUAUCAGAUUAUAAUGGUGUGGCAGCAAAACAUUGAAUGGUGGAAGGUUGCAUACACAUUGCUUUUAGUUGGGUUUUCAGUGUCUGAAAACUCAAUGACUCAACAGGAUGUUUUACUCUAAAUGAAGGCCAAUACAGUGAAUCCCUGGCAGUAAAAGCUUUAAUAGCUCAGUGAUCACGUGUGGUUUGACCAUAGUUUAAUAUAAUUGCCUGCGUCAUCUUUAAGUGUGACAAACUGUUCAGCAGUUCAGCUCAGCAGGUCCUUGUGCUGUACCUGCACUCCACACUUAUGCCCCUGAUCACCACAUAUUCUCUCAUCUGGUUUCUUUCUCGAAACUGUCUGAUGUUGCUUUAAAAAUCUGUAAGGUUACAGUUACAAAUGUUUUGCAAAUUAAUUGGAAAUGAUUACAUGAAGGGGGAGGAAAAAAUCAAUAUUUCAGAGCUAAUAGUUUUGAGACAGAGAACCUGCCUGCAUCUACCUGUACUGUAAAAUGGUUAUGAUAGCAUUAACUGAACAAGAGCUUUCCUAUUUUUCUAUGUGAGGUGAAUGUUGCUGUGAUUCUAUUUUUCCAGAAUUUCCAUAUGCGCUCUGAUUUCAUAUCGUCCCUGUUAUGAAAUGCAAUACCUACAAUCCUCUUGGAUGAACAUAAUGUAGCAAAUCCUGCAGUAAUCAGACUGACUGCUACUAUAUGUCAAGUGUGAUGAUGUAUUGCUUUACUUAUCAACUUUUGUUACAGUAUUAAAUUAAAAAUAUUAUCCUAAAUAUUCAAAGUAAGAUUUAUUUUGAGAUAAUUUUAUAUAGCGCAUGGGGAGAAAAAAUAAUUUAGUGAAAAUUCAUAGACUAUCAAGGCUUCAACAUUUAAGGAAGCUUUUAUUCAAGUUAAUUUCUCUUCUCAAGAUUUUUCCUUUUUUCUCUCCCGUGUGAGCACUUUGUCAUCUGUGGAAAGUAUGAGAAAUGUUAGAGAUGUGAAAUAAUUUAAGGAUACACAAGUGAAAGGCCCAAAUAAACUUUAAUAGAAGAUGUCAUUUAGGGUGCCUAGAUCAAUGCAUUGCUGGGUUGAGAAGGUUCUCUGAGAUUAACAGUGUCUAUAUUUUAGAAAAUUUAAGUUGAGAUAACUUAUGAUUAUUACGCAAAUCACUACAAAAUAAUGAGGUCUUAUUUUAUAGCCUUGUUCUUGUUUGUUUCUACUCUUGAAGAGGACCAAAAUGUACAACAUAUUUGCUUUGUUGCCUUUGCAGACUCUGUUCUCUGAUAUUCUGUGCCCAGAUUUAAACUUCUGGCCUUUUUUGCUAUCCUUAAAGUUUACAUGAAAUGCUCUCUUUUUCAAUUUCUAGUCUGUAAAAGCUGGGUGAGCUGUAUCCUUUAAUGAGGGUUUGACCUAGUCCAACUGAAAUUCUCAAAUUGUGAAGAGUUACAUUAAUAAAAGUUAUAC